AUGGCAACUAGCGAAUCUAAUGAUGAGAGUCUUGUAGAAAGAGAUGAGAUUCUCUUUCCGAAAUCGGACGUAGUCGAUGCCGAACCAUUUUAUGAUAAUUUUAGUGCAAUUCAAAACAAUCUACGAAGACAAGCCCAAAACGUUACUCAUCAACGCAGUCAUUCAAGCGAUGAUCAGUAUCGGGCAGUUCGUGCUCAAGUGAAUUCUCCUUCUGCGCGGCAUGCACAUUCCAGCGAACAACUAAAUGGCAUUUCCCAAUAUUCCCGAAAUACUUAUCAAACUCCCAUUAGCAUAGAAUCAAAGAAGACUGAUGGGUAUAUAUUCAAUUUAACCCAAAUCGUCGAAGAUGUCGGAUGUCAGAUUAAUAGUCCAUACAUCCGUUCAUCGCCAGAGUCGAACACGAAAAAUGUUAGUGCAUUGUUAAAUAUUGUUCUAAAGAUGGGUGGAGCUCAUGGGCCACUUGUUAAAUCAUGGCGUUCGCGUCUCACUGACGAUGAUUUUCAAAGAUGGUAUCUAGAAAAAUAUCACCAACGUUCUGCAUCAUUGAAUCAAUAUGGUACAAAUGAAAGAACGUCGCAAAAUACAGGAGCUCGUGAUUAUCAAACAAAUUUACUCAUCGGUAAUAAAUCACAACCGAUAAAUCCCGCGACGAACGGUAAUAAGUAUGAAAACGUUAUACAAAAAAUGUAUGGCUAUGAUGACGAAGAAGAUGACUUCGAUGCAGAUGCAACAACAGCCAGUUCAAUAUCAAGUCGGUCAUCAGGCGGCACAGGACCAAAUCCUUAUUCCGAACAACGUGCAACGUCGUCGAUCACAUCUAUUUUGAAACGAAACAACAACAUUAACGAUAAUCGCAGUCAUAAUUCAUCUGCUAAAAAUCGUGUGAAAAUCGUUGAUCAUCGUUCUUCAGACGAGUCCGAUCAUUCAGGCACAUUGAAGGAUGUUUUGCCUAACAAUAGCGGUGGUCUAUCAUCCUAUCAACAUUAUCAAAACAUUGAUCCGAACGAGCAAUACUAUGAAAAUAUUCAAUCGAAUCCUCAACAUCAGCAAACUGCUCAAUCGAAUUUCCAACAAUAUGAAAAUGUUCAACUAAAUUACCAACAAUACUUAAAUAGUCAACCAAAUUUUCAACAAUACGAAAAUCCUCAAGCAAACUAUCAAUCAUACGAUAACAUUCAAUCGAAUUUCCAACAGUAUGAAAAUGCUCAACCGAAUUAUCAACAAUACCAAACCAAUCAAUCGAAUUAUCAACAGUAUCAAAGUCUACCAUCUCCAUAUCAACCAGUCCCACCGAUUCUAUCAUCGCCUUAUCAACAAGUUCAAGAAAUGCAAUCACAAUCGCACAUCAAUAUCGAGAAUAAUGAUAGUAAUACGAAUCCAAUGCUUUCCGAUUAUCAGCAGGUCUUACAAACACAUUCGGAUGUACAUAUCGAUCCAAAUCCUGAAAUAGUAACUCAGCCAAAUCCAGAACAGCCGAUAACUUAUGAACAAAACAUAUCAGUUCGAUAUCUUGUUCCACCAACUCCUCCACCACCAGGCCCUUUGAUUAUUCGAGAAAUUCUUCCUGCACGUAAACCAACACCUCCUCCAUUGAUCGUCAAAGUUCAAGAUCCAUCACCACCAACUCCUCCCCCGCUAAUCCUACGAGAAGCUCCACCAGUACCUCCGCCUCGUCAAGAAGCAACAGUUGUCACUAAAAUACUUUCACCAGAACCUCCGCCACAAAGACGUGUCAUAAUCGAGCGUAGUCCACCGUUACCACCUAAACCUCAAUCGAUCAUUAUCGAAAAAUGGUUACCUUACAAACCAGUGCCACCACGUGAAGUGAUCAUCGAACGUGUUACCGAAAACCCGGUUAUGACUGAAUUCGAACCAGGUGCUUACAUUCAAGAACGACAACGACGUCAUUCGGCAGAAUUUCAUACCGAUGCAGUACGUAUUCCCAUACCAGUUCAAAUUCAACGGCAAAGGUCUGUUGAUCAACUCAAUACUGAGCAAAUAGCACAGCAACCAUCGGGAACAUUCGAUGAACUGGUUUGGUCAACACAACAACAAAUCUUGGCCAUGCAACAGCGAGGCCGAGAGCAAGUUCAAGCGACACGCCGAUGGGCAGCAAAUCAGUGGCAACAACAUACAAACAUGUUUACACCAUUUCCAACUCAAUUAACAACACCUACAUUAGUUGUUUGCCAUCAACCUGUGACAACAAAUAUUACAGAAUAUGUACAAAAACAAGAAUACCGAGAACAACAAAUACAUUACAACCCAACUUAUAUUUAUCCUUACAAUUAG